GAAAGCCGCAGCAGCCCCGAAGACGAAGGCGGCCAAGAAGCCGAAAUCCCAAGAAGACAGCAGUCAAAAAGUGAAUUGAGAAUCCACCACUUAUUAAGCGCUGUUGAACCAAUCACAAACGCUCCGCUGCAUUCCUCUGGAAAGUAGAAGAAGGGCGAGUGCUAUCGUAUUCCCUCAUUCUCUGUGAAAGACUUGCUGAGAGUGUGAAAUGUCUGGACGAGGGAAAACCGUUGGCAAGGCCAAGAGUAAACCCAAGUCUCGCUCUUCCCGGGCCGGACUGCAGUUCCCGGUAGGCCGGGUUCACAGACUCCUGAGAAAGGGCAACUAUGCUGAGCGGGUGGGUGCCGGAGCCCCGGUGUAUCUGGCUGCUGUGCUCGAGUAUCUGACGGCCGAAAUCCUCGAAUUGGCCGGCAACGCGGCCCGGGACAAUAAGAAGACCCGCAUCAUCCCCCGACACCUGCAGCUGGCCGUCCGUAACGACGAGGAGCUGAACAAGCUGCUGGGAGGGGUCACUAUCGCUCAAGGCGGUGUGUUACCCAACAUCCAGGCCGUCCUGUUGCCCAAGAAAACCGGCGGCGCCAGUAAGUAAACUGACAGACACUGAACCCAGUAACCCAAAGGCUCUUUUCAGAGCCACUCACAACGUCCGUGAAAGGGCUGCUGUACAGUUAGUAAGAGGGCCGAGGGAAGGUCUCCGUUUCAUUCCUUUCCUGUAGGGUAAAAUGAAAUUCCUUACUGGUGUGCAGCAGGCAGAGCGCUGUCUGACAUGGAGCUGAGUCCUGCACUUACUGUUGUACUGUCCCGUCAAAUAUCAAGUAUAUUAACCAGGGCUAUGAUUGGCUUCUAUCCGCCCGCCAUUCCAGAGCAGUUACGCCGGAUUGGGGGGAAAUGAGUGAACGAUGAACUACACGGGCGAUCGGAAGUCAUUACCUUUACUUUCCAUUACUUACACGCCAAUUUCGAACUAAUUGAGAUUUUUUUUUGAGGAACGAGAGUGAAAUUAAAUGUCCUGUAUUACUUUCCAAAACAAGCUGAAUCGUGAUGUCAAGAUCCAAGGUAUAUCCAACUUUGCGGGAGAACUGCAGCGAGAGGGUAGGGGUCAGAUUUACCCUGACCCUACAUAAUGAAAACAAGUGUAGUUCAUCAACAUCUGAGACAAUCUCCUCACCCCGAGAAUUACGAUAACUUUGAGCUUCAACAAAAACAUUAAUUGAAAUAAAUAUUAAAUCUUCACC